AAAUAGGCCUUCGCAACCGAACACCCCCGAUUUUUUUUUUAAUUUGAUUCUUGUUUCGGGAGGAGGUGGUAAGAGAGAGGGAUGGAUGAGGCCUGGGAGCGGGCGGUGGAGGCGGCGCUCCACGCCGGCGGCGAGGGGAGCGCGUCGCCGGCGAGGAGCCUGACCCUCGACGGCGCCGUCAAGUGCAUGCACGGGCGGCUGCCUGCGAAGGAGAUACUGGAGCGGUACCAGAGCCUGGAGCAUCUGUCGAUCGCUGGCGUCGGGGCCGCGUCGCUCGCGGGGUUCCCCCGGCUGCGGAACCUGACGCGGCUCACGCUCUCCGACAACCGCAUCGCCGGCGGCCUCGAGCACCUCGUCGAGGCCGGGCUCGGCUCGCUGCGCGACCUCGACCUCAGCAACAAUCGCAUCCAGGACGUCGACGACCUCGCGCCGCUCGCCGGCCUCCGCCUCGUUUCGCUUGAUCUCUACGAGUGCCCCGUCACGCGUGUCAAGGAUUACAGAUCCAGGGUCUUUGGGAUGAUCCGGACCCUCAAGUACCUUGACAAGAUGGACGCCGACGAGAACGAGCGGCCCGAGUCGGAUGACGACGAUGACGAGGGGGAUGGGGAAGGUGACGGCGAGGAGGAAGAUGAUGAUGAGGACGACGAUGAGGAGGAUCCGGGCAGCGGCGAGGUGGCGAACGGGGGCGUAUCCCACUCUCGUCGUGGCGUGGCGGCGCAUCCGGUGGAGGUGAACGGGGUGAUCGAUGUUGACGAGGAUGAGAGCGACGCCGAUGAGGUCGUGCCUAAUGGUGGAAGCGAGCACCACCACCGGGCGAAUGGGUUCCGGGUCGCGGCGGUCGGUGGUGCCCCUGCUGAGGACGAUGAAGAUGUGGAGGAGGAUGACGAUGAAGAUGAUGAAGAGUAUGAGGAGGAGGAGGAUUUGGGGGAAGAGAUUGAUGAGGACGGUGACGAAGAUGAUGCUGUUGUUGAGGUGCAUGAUGUACAGAGUAGUGAUGAGGAGGAAGAUGGCAUAGAUGAGGAUGAGGAUGAUGAUGAAGAGGAGGUUGAGGAUGAUGGUGAGGAGGCUGAGCCGGAGAGUAGUGGGAGGGUUGCUAUGGCGGCAGGGGGUGUCGGGGAAGAGAUUGAUGGGCAUGAGCAAGGGGAAGGGGAAGAUGAAGAUGAGAACGGUGAGAUUGGAGAGGAAGAUGAGGAAAGAUUGGAGGAUAAUAGGGUUUAUGAUGAGGGGAACGAUGACGAUGACGCUGAUGAUGAGGAUGAAGACACAGAGUAUCUUGUUCAACCAAUUGUGCCCCCACAAGCCAUGGCUGUGGGAAGUCCAGGGGACUAUGAUGUUGCUGACCCUGACGAUGUUGAUGAAGACAGAGAUGAGGUUGAUGACGAUGAUGAUGAGGGUGUCACAGACCAGCCCUCUUCCUCGCAGGGCACCAAGCGGAAAAGGGACGAUGAUCCAUCUGGUAGUGGCAGUGACGAUGAGGAUGAUGACGUUGAGGACCCAAGGCCCUUCAAGCACCACUGACCAAGCAGCCAUGUACAUGGAUCCUUUUCUCAGCUAGAAAGAAGUAAUCAGGAGCAGCAUCAGCAAAACAGAAAUGGUGGGUUUUCCCCUGUUUUUCCUAGCCGGUUUUUUCUGUAAAGACUUUGGAUUGGGAGAACUUCACCCUCCUUUUCAAACAGCAGAUUUUAGGAGGGAAAUGGAGUUGUAGGACAGUGAACCAGCAGCUCCCCUUCUUGCCUGCACUACACCCCUUCCUGAGUUUUCCCUCCUGAAUUUCAAAUGGUAGUUACAACACCCCAGGGGCUUUUCCCUCCACCUUUCAAAUUUCUGUUACAUUGGCAGAUUGGCUGUAGUGUAGGCUACAUUGUCAUGCUCAAACUCCAGUUUUCCCUCCAAGGAAAAGCCCGGGAAAGGCCCCCCUUUGAAUCGCCCCUAGUAGCCGUUGGCUGCAUUUGAAAGUUUACACCUUGCCCUGGCUGAA